AGGUCUUGUUCAACGCUGUGUCAUUAUCCAAAAGGACCAGCAUGGCUUCGGCUUCACAGUCAGUGGGGAUCGAAUUGUUCUGGUGCAGUCUGUGCGGCCUGGAGGCGCAGCCAUGAAGGCCGGUGUGAAGGAGGGCGACCGGAUCAUCAAAGUCAACGGCACCAUGGUGACCAAUAGCUCACACCUGGAAGUGGUAAAGCUGAUCAAAUCUGGUGCCUAUGUUGCACUUACCCUCCUGGGCUCUUCACCUUCAUCCAUGGGCAUCCCUGGGCUUCAGCAGGACCCAUUCCCAGCAGGAGCUCCCCGAAUCACCCCAGCGAUCCCCCCACCGCCACCUCCUCCACCUCUUCCACCUCCACAACGCAUCACAGGACCCAGACCUCUGCAGGAUCCCGAAGUUCAAAAACAUGCCACCCAGAUCCUCAGGAAUAUGCUGAGGCAGGAAGAAAAAGAAUUACAGCGUAUCUGUGAGGACUAUAGCCGGAACCCUGACAGCCUACUGGAAGAGCAGAUGGAAGGUGCCCGGCGGCGAGUCACUCAGUUACAGCUGAAGAUCCAGCAGGAGACUGGUGGCUCAGUGGACAUACUUUCACUGUAUGGUGACACCAGCCAGAGACCAUCAGAAGGCCGGCUUUCUCUGGAUUCCCAAGAGGGGGACAGUGGCUUGGACUCUGGGACAGAACGCUUUCCUUCGCUCAGUGAGUCAUUGAUGAAUCGGAACUCGGUACUGUCAGACCCUGGGCUAGACAGUCCUCGAACCUCCCCUGUGAUCGUGGCCAGGGUAACCCAGCACCACAGGCGGCAGGGCUCGGAUGCAGCAGUCCCCUCAACUGGUGACCAGGGUGUAGAUCAAAGCCCAAAGCCUUUAAUUAUUGGCCCAGAGGAAGAUUAUGACCCGGGUUAUUUCAACAACGAGAGCGAUAUCAUAUUCCAGGAUCUGGAGAAACUGAAGUCUCGGCCAGCUCACCUGGGGGUUUUUCUACGUUACAUCUUCUCUCAGGCGGACCCCAGUCCACUGCUUUUUUACCUGUGUGCAGAAGUUUAUCAGCAGACAAGCCCCAAGGAGUCCCGAAGCUUGGGGAAAGACAUCUGGAGUAUUUUCCUGGAGAAAAAUGCGCCUCUGAGAGUGAAGAUCCCUGAGAUGUUACAGGCUGCAAUUGACUUGCGCCUGCGGAACAAUGAGGACGCCCGCAGCAUUCUCUGUGAAGCUCAAGAGGCAGCCAUGCCUGAGAUCCAGGAUCAGAUACACGACUACAGAACGAAGCGCACUCUGGGCCUGGGCAGCCUGUAUGGUGAAAACGACCUGCUGGACCUGGAUGGCGACCCUCUCCGAGAGCGCCAAGUGGCCGAGAAGCAGCUGGCUGCCCUUGGAGAUAUCUUGUCCAAGUAUGAGGAAGACAGGAGCGCCCCCAUGGACUUUGCCCUCAAUACCUACAUGAGUCAUGUUGGCAUCCGUCUUCGAGAGGCACGACCUUCUAACACAGCUGAAAAGGCCCCGUCUGCUCCUGACAAGGACAAGUGGCUACCCUUCUUCCCUAAGACCAAGAAGAGCAGCAAUUCCAAGAAAGAAAAGGAUGCCUUGGAGGACAAGAAGAGAAACCCUAUCCUCAAAUACAUUGGGAAGCCCAAAAGCUCUUCUCAAAGCACAUUUCAUAUUCCCUUGUCCCCUGUGGAAGUCAAACCAGGCAAUGUGAGGAACAUCAUUCAACACUUUGAGAACAAUCAGCAGUAUGACGCCCCAGAACCUGGGACACAGCGACUCUCGACAGGAAGCUUUCCCGAGGACCUGCUGGAGAGUGACAGUUCACGUUCAGAGAUUCGCCUGGGCCGCUCUGAAAGCCUCAAGGGCCGGGAAGAGAUGAAACGUUCUCGAAAAGCAGAGAAUGUGCCCCGCUCUCGCAGUGAUGUUGACAUGGAUGCUGCCGCAGAGGCUACUCGCCUGCACCAGUCGGCCUCGUCUUCCGCCUCCAGCCUCUCCACCAGGUCUCUUGAGAACCCAACCCCUCCUUUCACUCCCAAAAUGGGCCGCAGGAGCAUUGAGUCCCCCAGCUUGGGGUUCUGCACAGAUGCCCUCCUUCCCCACCUCCUAGAGGAUGAUCUGGGCCAGCUAUCUGACCUGGAGCCAGAGCCAGAUGCCCAAAAUUGGCAGCAUACAGUGGGCAAGGAUGUGGUGGCUGGGCUAACCCAGAGGGAGAUUGACCGGCAAGAGGUCAUCAAUGAGCUGUUUGUGACUGAAGCCUCCCACCUGCGCACACUUCGUGUCCUGGACCUGAUCUUCUACCAGCGAAUGAAGAAGGAGAACCUGAUGCCCAGGGAGGAGCUGGCCCGACUCUUUCCGAACCUGCCUGAACUCAUAGAGAUUCACAAUUCCUGGUGUGAAGCCAUGAAGAAGCUUCGGGAGGAAGGCCCCAUCAUCAAAGAGAUCAGUGACCUCAUGCUGGCCCGGUUCGAUGGCCCUGCCCGAGAGGAACUCCAGCAGGUGGCUGCACAGUUCUGUUCCUAUCAGUCAAUAGCCCUGGAGCUAAUCAAGACCAAGCAGCGCAAGGAGAGCCGAUUCCAGCUCUUCAUGCAGGAGGCUGAGAGCCACCCUCAGUGCCGGCGGCUGCAGCUGAGAGACCUCAUCAUCUCCGAGAUGCAGCGGCUCACCAAGUACCCGCUGCUGCUGGAGAGCAUCAUCAAGCACACAGAGGGUGGCACCUCUGAGCAUGAGAAGCUCUGCCGGGCCCGGGACCAGUGCCGGGAGAUUCUCAAGUAUGUGAAUGAGGCAGUGAAGCAAACAGAGAACCGCCACCGUUUAGAGGGCUACCAGAAACGCCUGGAUGCCACCGCCCUGGAGAGGGCCAGCAACCCCCUGGCAGCAGAGUUCAAGAGCCUGGAUCUUACAACCAGAAAAAUGAUUCAUGAAGGGCCCCUGACCUGGAGGAUCAGCAAGGAUAAGACCUUGGACCUUCACGUGCUGCUGCUGGAGGACCUCCUAGUGCUGCUGCAGAAACAGGACGAGAAGCUACUGCUGAAGUGCCACAGCAAGACUGCCGUGGGCUCCUCAGACAGCAAGCAGACCUUCAGCCCCGUGCUCAAGCUCAAUGCCGUGCUCAUCCGCUCUGUGGCCACAGAUAAACGGGCCUUCUUCAUCAUCUGCACCUCCAAGCUGGGCCCACCCCAGAUCUAUGAGCUGGUUGCAUUGACGUCAUCAGACAAGAACACAUGGAUGGAGCUCUUAGAAGAGGCCGUGCGGCAUGCCACCAGGCACCCCGGAGCUGCCCCAAUGCCUGUCCAUCCUCCACCCCCAGGGCCCCAGGAGCCAGCCCACCAGGGGUCUACACCCAGCAGGGUAGAACUGGAUGACUCAGACGUGUUCCAUGGUGAACCUGAACCUGAGGAGCUGCCUGGAGCAGGUACUGGGCCCCAGCAGAGGGUCCAAGGGAAGCACCCGGUCCUGCUAGAGGACCCUGAGCAGGAGGGCAGUGCGGAGGAGGAGGAACUGGGUGUCCUGCCUUGCCCUUCCACAUCCCUGGAUGGAGAGAACCGGGGCAUCAGGACAAGGAACCCCAUCCACCUGGCCUUCCCAGGCCCUCUGUUCAUGGAAGGCCUCGCUGAUUCCGCUCUGGAAGAUGUGGAGAACCUGCGCCGCCUGAUCCUGUGGAGCCUGCUGCCAGGUCACACCAUGGAAACUCAGGCUGCCCAGGAGCCCGAGGACGACGUGACACCCACACCUUCCGUCAUCAGCGUCACCUCUCACCCCUGGGACCCAGGCUCCCCAGGGCAAGCCCUCCCUGGGGGUGAAGGGGACAACACCCAGCUUCCAGGGCUGGAGGGGGAACGGCCAGAGCAGGAGGACAUGGCUCUCUGUUCUCUGGAAGAUCUACCCCCAAGGACCAGAAAUUCUGGGAUAUGGGAAUCUCCAGAACUGGAUAGGAAUCCGGCUGAAGAGGUUUCAAGCACAGAGGCAGCAGGAGGUUACAAAGUUGUGAGAAAAGCUGAGGUGGCAGGCAGCAAGGUUGUCCCUGCACUACCAGAGAGUGGCCAGUCACAGCCUGAGCCGCCUGAAGUGGAAAGCGGAACAAAGGCUACGGGGAACUGCUUUUAUGUCAGCAUGCCAGCAGGACCCCUGGACUCAAGCACUGACCUUUCAGGGGCCCCCAUGAGCCCCCCUCAGCCUGACAGCCUCCCUGCAGGGCAGAUAGAGCCUCAGCCUCAGCUGCAGGGAGGCAAUGGAGAUCCAAGACGCCCCAGCCGCUCUCCGCCAAGCCUGGCCCUCAGGGACGUGGCCAUGAUCUUCCGUACCAUCGAGCAGCUCACCCUCAAGCUCAACAGGCUCAAGGACAUGGAGCUGGCCCACAGAGAGCUGCUCAAGUCCCUUGGGGGAGAGUCAUCUGGUGGCACCACGCCUGUGGGCAGUUUCCACACAGAAGCAGCUCGAUGGACAGACGGCUCCCUCUCACCUCCCGCUAAGGAGCCCCUGGCUUCUGACUCCAGGAACAGCCAUGAACUGGGGCCCUGCCCUGAGGAUGGCUCUGACACCCCCCUGGAAGAGAGCGCAGCAGACGCAGCCGCCUCACCAGGACCUUAACCAUGCAAAACACCAAAUCCUCUGCGUCCCCACUCCUCCUUCAGGGACUGGCCUGAGACCAGACCCAGGGUGGGGGGAUCCUAACUCUUCUCGCUGUGGAGGAGGCAGUUGGGGAAACUAGGAUCCAGCCAAGGCCUGGGGGGAGACCCGCAUGUUGCUUGGUCUGCUCAGAUCGGAGUCAAGUUUCAGUGUCUUUUCCCUCCCUCAGCCCGACCCUCUAAGGCCUGGUGUCUCCUAAGCAUGCUGACUGCAUCUGAAAGGCCCCCACUCACCAUGGCUGCCCUCACCCACACAUGCGCGUACAUGUGCACGCCUGGACGGGCGCUGCCCUCAGACACGCAGGUGAGAGGAGGAGGCUCCUGUGUAAAUGCACUUUCUUCCUCCCCUCUCUCCACAAGACCCCAGGCGGAGGUGGGUGCCUCCCCGCCCGUUGUCACUUUGGUCCUAUAAAUAUGUAUGUAUUGUAUGUGCAUCUUUGCUAUUGUAAAUAACUGACCUUUUUUGUUCCUGUUCCUGGAGUGCUGGAGACAGUUAUGGAAGGAGCUGCUAAGGGAAGAGAGGGUUCACUUGUAACUCCCAGUUAACCCAGCGCCAGAAUCAGGCCUAAACGGGGAGCCAGGCCUGAGCGUCCCUGUCCCUGUGAGUGGGAAGGUCUAGCUCCCUGUCCCACCUGGCUCCGGAGCCUGCCCUCCACAGCAUGCUGCCGAGCUGCUCCCUCCCUCCCUGGGCUCCUCAUCUUCGCAAGAUGGGACCAUGGGAGUUUCUCGCCCCACCUAUGUCCCCUCUUCCCCACCCUGUCCCUGUAGAAAACCAGUGAAGCAGGUACGGAGCUAAAGACUGGGCCCCAGGAGGUGGGGAGAGUGUCCCUGAAUUCACCCAGUACCAUCCAAGGGGCCGCCGCAGCGUCAGCCCCAUCACCACAUCCUCACCAACUCCCUGAUGAAUAGAAUAUACACACUGUGCUAGGUGUAUAUAUACAUAUAUAUAUAUAUAUAUAUAUAUAUAAUAUAUAAAAUAUAGAUAUGGAAAUGACUGUUUUGCUGUUAAGAUGAUGUAUACUCUUUUAUUUUCUUCCUUUCAUGGUUAAGAUUUUUUUUUAAGAAAAGUUAAAUAUUCUUCAA